AAAAAAACGUUUCCUUGUCUGACAUAUGCGAAGCGAAAGGAAGCGGAGAUACAACGACUGGAGAAAAAUAAGUGGAAUAUAAUAAAUAUUAGCUCUCCUUUAACAUAAACGCCUCGUGAGUUCUGAAUAUAAAUGAUAUCCGAGGCUAUUAUGGCUCGGUUAGCUCGAUGCUAAGGCUAGAGGCGGUGCCGUGUAGUUCGCUGUUAUCGCUAUCUGAUUCCUAUCUGGACGAUGGCUACGGAUCUACUGUCCGACCUGGAUAGUCGCUUCUUCGCCGAUAACCUCCUGACAAGCGAAGACUGGGAUGCCUGUCUGUACCAGUGUGAGAGCAUGGAGGAGGGAGAGGACGCCGACUUUGGCCGAGGGCUGAAAUACGACUCAUCGUUUGAUAAUGACCUGGUGUUGACCCUCGACCCUGACAACCCCACGUCUCCAUGGAGACACCUUGACAACAACCUGCUCACAGGCGACGCCCCCGUCAUCAAGAAUGAAAUGACAAUAACUCAACCGCUGCCUGUAGAAAUGUUGUUCCAGGUGAAGGCGGAGCCUCCGUCUCCAGCCUCCUCCCUCGGGUCCGACUGUUCACCAUCAUCAUCCCCGGACCCUCAGAUCUCGGUUAAAGGAGAGAACCCUCCGACUCCUCCCUACAUGUACGGAGACGUCCUGUCUCCUCCUCUGGGGUCCAUGGAGGUAACCGUGGCAACGUCGGCGGUACCUCCUCCUCCUCCUGCUCCUCAGGCCCAGAUCCAAGGAGUCAUCGGGGGGAUUCAGCCUCCGGCCACAGUCCUGUCCAGCUCCAUAAAGGCCAGCUCCAUCCUGAGCACCAAGCCUCCCAUCCAGCCCAGACCGGUGUGUGUCGCCGCGCUGCCCGUCCCCCAGACCCCGACGCCGGCCAAGACCCUCAUCCUGCAGGGCCUCCCCUCCAUGGACCAGACCAGACCGGUCGUCCUCUCUCAGUCCGUCUGUCUCGGCUCGGCGCCGGCCAUCGUCAAGAUGGAGCCCGUCUCCCCCGGCAACCCCCAGCACUGCCCCAGCCCCACGGUCCCGCCCACCAGCAAACCCAUCGUCCCGGCGACCACGGCGCUGCCCGGCAACAACUCCAGUGACAUUGAUAUGAAGGUGCUGAAGCGGCAGCAGAGGAUGAUAAAGAACCGGGAGUCGGCCUGCCAGUCCAGGAAGAAGAAGAAGGAGUACCUGCAGAACCUGGAGGCGCAGCUGAGGGAGGCGCAGCAGGAGAACGAGCGCCUCCGCCGGGAGAACCAGGAGCUGAGGGAGAGGCUGGCCGGGAAGGAGGGAGGAGACUCUGCAGGAAACAAGAGAGCGGUUUGUGUCAUGGCCGUCCUCCUCUUCAUGACCUUCAGCUUCGGACCCGUCAGCAUCACAGACAGGAAGCUGUCCACGGGUCUCCAGGACGACGCCAUGUCCUUCACAGGACGGCGUCUGCUGGAGAUGGAGGAGCAGCAGCAGCAGCAGCAGCAGCAGGCGGAGGCUCAGCCGCCGCCCAGAGCCGAGGACAAGACGGAGACGGAGGAGGACGGAGGAGACGAGAGGUGGAAGAGAGGAGACGCAGAGAGAUACGCUCCAGAGUCGUAUCAGUUCAGGAACCUCAGCGACGUGUUCAGUGACAUGAAGGAUCUGGUUCUACAGGACAUCGACCGCUACUUCACGUCCUCGGACUGUCGCCAGUUCAACCGCUCAGAGUCUCUCAGGCUGGCGGACGAGCUGAGAGGUUGGGUCCAUCGGCAUCAGAUCGACAGGAAGAAGUCUGGAGGGAAACCCAAGAUCGCCAAGAAGGCCAAGAUCGCCCAGCAGAAAGCUCAGCUGAGGAAAACCAACUUCUCCAGAUAUCUGCCCGUCCAGACCCACCGCUCCAUAGAGAGUCAGCUGCAGGUCCUUCCUGGUCCUGAGGUCACCUACAGCGACUUCCUGGACGCCAUCGACCGCAGAGAGGACACCUUCUACGUGGUCUCCUUCAGACGGGACCACCUGCUGCUGCCGGCCAUCAGCCACAACAAGACGAGUCGGCCCAAGAUGUCUCUGGUGAUGCCGGCCAUGUCUGUGAACGAGAGCCUCUAUAACUCCUCUCAGGGCUACGAGAUGAUGAUGCAGGUCGACUGUGAGGUCAUGGACACUCGAAUCGUCCCCAUCAAGUCGUCCGCCGUCCCCCCGUCCCUCCGUGACCCGGCCUCGCCUCCCCCCUCCCCCCACCACCACCAUGGCCCCCACCAUCACCACGGCAACCACACCUCGCUCCGAGGACGCCACGCCUCGUCUCCUUCCUCCUCCUCGUCCUCCUCCUCGUCCUCGUCCUCCUCCUCUUCGCCGUCUCCGAGGCAGCCUCUUCCCGCCCGCCGCCGCCCCGCCGCCGAGUAUUUCAUCGGACAGUAGGAGGGAGUCUGGAGAGGCGUCGCCAUGGAGAUGAGGCCACAGGACUGGAAGGAAGUGAAUAAAUUACCUCAGUGUGUCUUCAACAGGUAACGAUUAGUCCUCUGGAAAAAAAAAAAAAGGUUUUUACCAGUUAAGUCUCAGUCUGAGGAAAAUUAGAAGAUGAUGAGAGGAACAAGAAGCAACAAGCACUCUGAUGUUUAAUGGACAGGAUGGAUGGAUGGAAGACGGGUAGACUGACAGACUGACAGACAGACAGACAGGUAGGUGGCGCUGCAGAGCUGCACGGUCCCAACAACAGAAAAACUAAAAGGUUCCUGACGAGGAACAAAGAUCAUGAUUCAAAAAGAGUAAACGGUGACUGCAGCGUCUCAACAGUAACCAGAUUACAAGAAUCAGAUUACUGGAAUCAGAUUACUGGAAUCUGAUUACAGUAAUCAGAUUACAGUAACCAGAUUACAGUAACCAGAUUACAUGGGGCAUCAGAUACGAGGACUCCCAUCGUUUUCGUGUUGUGAUCAGGAGAGUAAAUCCCCCACAAAGAUUUAAAAAAGAGUGAGAAACAUUUAAUUUAAAAAGCGUUUAUUUGACAGAGAAAUAAAAUAAAAUACAGAAGAAGCACCAGAUGAAUCAAUAGUGAAAAGAAUUCUUCUUUUAUUUCGUGAGGACGAGCUGUUUUUGUCACCGUUUAUUACUUUUAUUUAUUUUAUAAAACCUUUAUCGACACGAGUUAAAUGUUUGAUUUAAACAAAGCUCUGCUCCACUACUUUUAUCUGAGUUAAGAUUUAAAUCUAAAUCUUUUCUCAGUCACAACAAACCAAGAGAUUUGUAGAAGUUUCAGAUUCUGGUUCAUUUUGACCGAAUAAUCUUUCAUAUUUGUAAGAAUUUACUUUCAGACGUUUCAUUUUAACUGGAGCUGAAACAGAAAAGGAACAUUUUUAUAUUUUUAUCUGAUUAACUGAUCUGAUCCCUCUCCCAUUAUUGUUUGGGUUAUUUAAUACUUGUAAAUAUCAGUGUAGAUAUUUAGUUUUUGUUUUUUUUAAAUGUUUUUUUUCUUCGUCUUUUCACAGUAAAAAUAAUAAAACCAGAAAAGAAUUGUGUUUUUUUGUUUUUUUGUGUUGUGGUGAAAAUGUCGUCGUCUGUGGUCGUGGUGCGUUCAUGGACCAACCAGCUUCACUCGUCCUCAUCUGAACCUUUACUGGUUCAUCUGAGUCUGAAUAAAUACGACAGAUGUUUCUUCUAUUAUUAUUAUUAUUAUUGUACAGAAUGAACUUGCGCUCUGACUGCAGAACACCACCCGUUUUAUUUGAUCAUCACUUCCUACAUUAGACGUUUGUUCUCGUCUUUGUGUGUUUUUUUUUUUUUUUUUAGUGUCUCAAACCUCCAGAACCAGCGAGGACGUUAAUUUUAGUUUAAAAACUGGAUUCAAUCUAAACUAAUUAAUAUCAAAUCAGUCAGUAAACCAGCAGCUAUGACUUGAGGAUUUAAUAAUAUUAUUAUUUAAUUAGUUAAUGAAACAUUUAAUCCACUCAUUCACCUGGAAACAUUAACGAGAAGCUGCUUUCAUUUAAAUGUGUCAGAAAUGAAUUGAGGUUAUUUCAUGAUGGAAGAGUUGAAAUAAUUCAUUAUCUGAGGUUUAGAUUCCCGACGUGGCCACUAGGAGGAGCCGUUCCCUCAUGCUAAACUAAGCUAAGCUAAGCUAAGCUAACCGGCUGCGUUUAUUUUUCCAGAUUAUUGACACGUUUUGUUUUGCUGCUCUGCACAAAAAUCUAUAAAUCUGUUUGUUUUUUGUCUUUUUUAUACAGAAUUCACUGAAUUUUUUGCUUUUUAUGUAAAAUACAAAGAUUAAAAAAAAUGGAUAUGAAGUUAAAUUUGUUUUUUUGUUUUUUUUUAUUGUCAUUUUUUUGUUUGUGUUGUGGGGCGGGAGGUUAAACCACUUGUUUGUGUCUGGAGACUCAUCUGGUCUGUGGCUCUUCUUCUGUGGAUUUAUUAAAAAAUGAUGACAACAGUUGAACUUGAACUAAUUAUUGUGUUUUCUGAAGCAGUUUAUGAGCCACCGACCGGACCUGAGUCUGUUCAAAGCGAAGCUGUAAAUACGACUUUUCUUUCUCUUUCUUAUUUAAAUGAGAUGAAAUCAUGUAAAUACUUUUGUCUUUGUAAUUCUCUGCCUUUCACAUUUGUAGGAAAGUGUCGGGUUUGAUACGUAAACAAUAAACGGACUGAGAGGAAACCUGGAGGUGGAAAAACCAA